AUGGCGGAUACGUGUGACUCAAGGCCCGUGUUCUUUGUCCUCAUUGUGGGCUGCGGUCUUAGUGGACUGGCUUCCGCACUGGCUCUUGCUCAAGCUGGUCACCGUGUGAUAGUUUUUGAGCGUAGUGUUCAACUACAAGAAAUCGGUGCUGGAAUACAGUUAUCCCCCAAUGCGACGCGUCUCCUUCAACACUGGGGCGUCUUCGAGGAGGUCCUGAAUUAUGCUGACCGACUCGAGGCCGGGACUUUCCGCUCCUAUCGAGGAGAUGUUCUCUCGCAGUCACCGCCUGUAUCUCAUCCAAAUCUGGUUAGCGAGAACCCUUACAUCGUCAUCCAUCGUGCCGACCUCCUGAGAGCCUUGCUGUCGGGAACAAGUAAGCAUGGGAUAGAGAUCAAACUGGGCAGCGAAGUCAAAGAGAUCGAUUUCAACAAACCCUCCCUACGCCUCUCCACUGGCGAGGUCUAUGGAGCAGACCUGAUCCUCGGUGCGGACGGGGAGAGGUCCCGUUGCAGGGGCAGCCUGUUGGGCCGUGAGGACCCUCCUUACAGUCCUGGCGACGUCGUAUACCGGAUCUCUGUCCCUACCAAAGACAUCACAGAAGACUAUCUCGCUUGGGACCUGAAGAGACGAUCCAGCGUCAACUUUUGGAUGGGACCGGGCGGGCACGUGGUCUCGUACCUCAUCCAGGACGAUAUGCUCAACCUCGUUCUGGUAUACGCCGAGGGUGGAGGCGGCAAGGCCGUGUACGGGCCGCAGCGAGCAGACCUAGAAGAGUUUCGGAGCAAGAUCUCGGACUGGGACCCGGUACUUCAUGAGCUUAUCAACGUGGAAGGGUCCGUUUGCACCAAGUGGACUUUGUUCCAGAUCCAUGAACCGAUCCAAUGGCGCCAUGAGAAUGGACGAUUCGUAUUGAUUGGUGAUGCUGCUCACGCGAUAUUGCCAUGCCUAGCACAGGGUGCCGCACAGGCCUUCGAGGAUGCAGGCGUCCUAGGAGCGAUAUUCAGCCAGUCGGUGGGGCGUGAUCAAAUCCCCGAUGCUCUUCGGGUAUUCGAGGAGGUUCGCAAACCACGAACUUCGGAUGUCCGACAUCGCACAUUGGACCAGAAGGCCAUGUUUGCCCUUGCCGAUGGUCCGGACCAGGAGGAACGCGAUGCAAACCUUCGUGCGGGUGCGGACUAUGGGCUGUUCCAGUGGCUAUGGGGGUAUGAUGCCGCCGAAAGUGGUCGAGAGGCGUGGAAACGGGGUUCAACCGAGACCAAUGAAAACAGAAUCAAACCCCGCCAUGGUAUCUGA